AUGUCUAGAUCCGACUUUGCAGAUUUCAGUAUCGAUGACGACAACGACUUGAUUAUCCAACCGGACAAUAUUCACUCGCGGCAGCUUCCAGUGAUACCAGAUGUUCCUUCUCAAGCAGAACCUGCGCAUAGCGGAGAAACUGCCGACCAAACACGGGGUAACGAUUCAAAUUUCCUCAAUUUCUCCAAUUUUGUAAACCCGCAGAGCUAUCUUGACCCAAUCCUUGGUAACAGCAAUGUCCGCAUCAAGGAGAAGCAAUUCAGCGGAGGAAACACUCUUGAUGAAUCCGUUAUCACCACUCUCAAUAGGGACGUGUCUAAGAUCGGCGACAAACUACUCUCAAUUCUUUGGCCCUUGAGGCUGAGACAAAAUCUCAUCACUGUUCAAAGAAUCAGUAGUCGAUUUCCUUCGUUUGGCAACAUGGUCGACGGAGCUACCGAAGCAUCCAUUGACUCGGAGCACAAUUUGGUUGAAGAUUCCCCGAACACUCGAUCAGAGUACUCGGAAGAAUCUAUCAGGAAAAUCCUUGACUGGGACUUGUGGGGACCUCUGGUUUUUGUUUUGGCUUUUAGCUUGAUCAUCACUCGAUUACAAAGUAUAACGCUGAAUACCGGAGGUACAGCACCAGAAGAAGCUUCGCAAAUAUUCAGUGCUUCUUUCUCUCUUAUCUGGAUCGUUAUAUCGGUUUUGUCUGUCAAUAUCCAGUUGGUUUCUCCGGUUUCUCAAUUGACAGAUGGCGGUGAUCUAACAUCGGGGAUCAUUGGGCUCUCUUUUUUCCAGUGUGUAAGUUUUCUAUCUUACACUCUGUUUCCGAUCAUUCUUGGCGGAUUGAGCUCUGUUUUUGUUCGGUGGAAAUUGCUCAGAUUGGCAAUUAACUCGUUAAUGUUUUUGUGGUCUAUCACCUGUUCUUGGUUAUUCCUGGCCAUUAUCAACAAUUGCAAGACAAGCGGCACGCCGUCCUUUCUCAGUGGAUUCGCAUCCAAUCAAAUGCAUGACAGAAGUGAUGGGGAUAAGCGGAUGUUCCUAAUGAUUUACCCGAUAGUUCUUGUUUAUGGACUUUUUUCGUGGCUUUGUGUGAUAGUUUAG